AAUGGAGUAAGAUCCGCUAGUUUAGAGCCCUGGUGGGCAGAGACCUCUGGGCGUGCUGGCAGGAGUGCGCAGGCGCAGGCUCCGUGGCUCGCCAUCGUCUCCUUUGUCUGCUGGCCAGCGGAGCGGAAGUUUGCCUGCCCUUCAAACCUCUCCUGAGUUCUGAGGCCUCAGCCUGACUUGCAGCUGCUGCUUUGAUUUCCAGAGAUAUCAGCGUCCUGAAGCACUUUCUCUUUGCAAGUUUAGAGUCUACACUUCAAACAGAAACGGUGGGUGGUUGAGAAGUUAAGUCCGCAGGAUUGGUUGCUCUUGUAACUUCUCUGCUGUAUGCCAGCCCCCCUCCUUCACUUCCAGGCCUAAUUUUAAUGGCUGCUCCUGUACCUCCAGUCUCAUCUCCAUAGGCACCUGCACUCGUGUGUCCACACACUAACACCUGUUAAGACAAACAUGCAGAAGCAGAGAAGGACACAGGAUGAAAGACUUGCAAGUAAAGUCCCAUCUUUCUCUAUAGAAAGAGACUAAAAAUUUUUUUGGAAGACCUAGGAUACAGAGUAUUUUCCUCUGGGCACAGACAUUGCAUGUGGGGCUCAGCUGAAGAAAAUGUGAACUGUAAUUUCUCCACAUUCAUAAUUUACUUGUGCAAGUAAGAGCAACUGUAAGAAAGAACCAUUAACAUAAAGGCGGUGCUGUAUUUCUGUCCCUUGUCACCCCAUCUCAGGCCACUCAUGUAAACAGCUUCACUAGAUAUACAUCUAGUGCAUGUGGCAAAGCUUCCAUCCUGUCUCAGUAGACGCUAGGAGAAAACCCUUGUGCGUGACAGAAUGUUGGAAAGUCUUCAUCCCGAGUCAGACCUUCUGCAUGAUGGACUCGAUCCUGGAGAGAAACUUUAUGAAUGUAAUGAAUGUAGAAAAACCUUUAGCCUAAAAGAAAGCUUUGUAGAGCAUAAGAAAAUGCACAGUGGAGAGAACUCACAUGAAUGUACAGAAUGUGGCAAAGCGUUUUCUCGAGUCUCAUCACUUACUGUACAUAUGAGAAGUCAUGCACGGAGGAAAUCAUAUAAAUGUGGAAAAGCCUUCAGCCAGAGAGGAAACCUCCUUUCUCCUCAGAAGCAACAUGCUGAAGAGAAAACCUCCAUUCAGAUGACAGCCCCCCUCAGAAAUCAGAGAAGCACGGGGAACAAACCAUUUGCAUGUAAGGAAUGUGGGAAAGCUUUUAAUGGCAAAGCAUAUCUCAAAGAGCAUGAGAAAAUUCAUACAGGAGAGAAGCCAUUUGAAUGUAAUCAGUGUGGAAGAGCCUUCAGCCAGAAGCAGUACCUCCUGAAGCAUCAGAACAUCCACAGUGGAAAGAAACCUUUUAAAUGUAACGAGUGUGGUAAGGCUUUUAGCCAAAAAGAGAACCUCAUUAUCCACCAGAGAAUCCACACUGGAGAGAAACCCUACGAAUGCAAAGGGUGUGGGAAGGCCUUCAUUCAGAAAUCAAGCCUCAUCAGACACCAGAGAAGUCACACUGGAGAGAAACCGUACACAUGUAAGGAGUGUGGGAAAGCCUUCAGUGGCAAAUCCAACCUCACCGAGCAUGAGAAAAUCCAUAUCGGAGAGAAGCCCUACAAAUGUAACGAAUGUGGGACGAUUUUCCGGCAGAAGCAGUAUCUCAUCAAACAUCACAACAUCCAUACGGGCGAAAAACCCUACGAAUGUAAUAAGUGCGGAAAAGCCUUUUCUCGAAUUACGUCACUCAUUGUGCACGUGAGGAUUCAUACAGGCGAUAAACCCUAUGAAUGUAAAAUCUGUGGGAAAGCCUUCUGUCAGAGCUCCUCUCUCACGGUGCACAUGAGGAGCCAUACGGGUGAGAAGCCCUACGGCUGUAACGAGUGUGGGAAGGCCUUUUCUCAGUUCUCAACUCUUGCUUUACACAUGAGAAUCCACACAGGUGAGAAGCCGUACCAGUGUAGUGAGUGUGGGAAGGCUUUCAGCCAGAAGUCACACCACAUCAGACACCAGAGAAUCCAUAUUCAUUAAAGCUCUAUAAAUGCCUUAGCUUUAGGAAUGCUUGAGCAGAAUGUAUGGUUGGUAAUAUAUCAAAAGAUUUAUCUUACAUUAAAGUUACAUAAAUGUAGGCAAUCCUAUAGUGACUCAAAACUUAAGUGUAAAGAUAUUUAAUAAGAUGUAUCACAGUGUUAUAUACUUCACAGGCUCUCACAAUCAAAGUUAUUAGUAUAAUUUUUUGUUGUUUUCUUUCUCUGUAGCUUUGGAGCCUGUCCUGGAACUCACUUGAUGGUAGACCAGGCUGGCCUCAAAUUCACAGAGAUCCAUCUGUCUCUGCUUCCCAAGCGCUGGGAUUAAAGUUGUGCACCACCACCACCCAGCUAAGUGCUAUAAUUUUGACACCCUUCUCAAUGAGCUUAGAGUACAGUGAUUCCAAGUAUUACAGUCUCAGAAAGUUUAUCAUAUGUAUUAAUAUAAUAUGAGCAAUAUAAGUUUUGGAAUUAAGAGGUAAAAAUAUUUUUGACAUAUGCUUUUCUAUAUGGGUCAUUUGUAAAAACCACUUUUCAAAGAAGGCAUUUUGGGACAGAGUCUCCCUGUGUAGAUAGCCCAGGGCGACCUUAAACUCACUACAUAGCCCAAGUUGGCCUCAAGUUUCUGGUGAUUUGGUUACUCAGCCUCCCAAUGCUGUAAUUACAGAUAUCCAUCACCAUGAUGACUUACAAGUCUUUGUUAAUAGAAAUGUAUAAAGUUGAGGCCACGACAGAAUAUUGAAUCUAGAAAUAUGAAUGAAUUCAUGGAGGAUUGGUAAUUGGUUCUGGCAAUAUCCCAGAUCAGUACAAAAAUCAUGGAUGACUUAAAAAAUAAUCUCAGGAUAAUCAGCUUUUGUGUGGGAAAAUAAUAGAUCUCUGAAGUCUUCAUUUAUUAAAGUAUUUCUUAGGAUCCAGUGUCUUUGCAGAAAGGAGAGCCUUGUUUAAGAACUUUCUAAGUGGAUGGUUUCUGAUACUUGAAUAGGAACGAAAUUUUAGAAUCUUCAGGUGUUGUUCUUGAGCAUUUAUACUUAUUCUCAAGAAACUGAUGCUUACGUAGGAGCUGUGCACCAGUCAGUCUGCUCAUCCAGAAACUGAUGCUCACGUAGGGAGCUGUGCACCAGUCUGCUCAUCCAGAAACUGAUGCUCACGUAGGAGCUGUGCACCAGCCAGUCUGCUCAUCCGGAAACUGAUGCUCACGUAGGAGCUGUGCCCAAUCAGUCUGCUCAUCCAGAAACUGAUGCUCACAUAGGAGCUGUGCCCAGUCAGUCUGCUCAUCCAGAAACUGAUGCUCACGUAGGGAGCUGUGCACCAGUCAGUCUCUUCAUCCAGAAACUGAUGCUCACGUAGGGAGCUGUGCACCAGUCUCUUCAUCCAGAAACUGAUGCUCACGUAGGGAGCUGUGCACCAGUCUCUUCAUCCAGAAACUGAUGCUCACGUAGGGAGCUGUGCACCAGUCAGUCUCUUCAUCCAGAAACUGAUGCUCACGUAGGGAGCUGUGCACCAGUCUCUUCAUCCAGAAACUGAUGCUCACGUAGGGAGCUGUGCACCAGUCAGUCUGCUCAUCCAGAAACUGAUGCUCACGUAGGAACUGUGCCCAGUCAGUCUGCUCAUCCAGAAACUGAUGCUCACGUAGGGAGCUGUGCACCAGUCAGUCUCUUCAUCCAGAAACUGAUGCUCACGUAGGGAGCUGUGCCCAGUCAGUCUGUUCAUUGCAGCAUGAGUUACGGUAGCAAAAAUCAGGCGCAGGUAUUUGUUGCUUAUGAAGUAGAUGAAUAAAAUUUAACAGUUAUAGAGUAGAAUAUUCCAGCAGCUAGACACAACUGGUUAAAUUUAUGUAAUAACAUCAAAAGGAAAAGAAAAAUCAGCAUGAAGAAAAUUGAAUUGAUGGAUAUAUUGAGAUGAUUCCUGUGUAAAUUUGAAUAAAACCAACUUGUUGACUCUGGUACAAAGCAUUGCUUAUGGGAAACACUUUUCUCUAAAACUAGAAUUGGGAGGAUAUGUAUUCAGUUCCCCAAAAGUGGCCAUUGCUGUCAUAGUACGAAUGGAGUUCUGUAGAAGUGGAAGGUGACAAAGCAGGGUAAUUAUAUGCUACUCCAAGUUCAUAUCUAAAUAUCUACUUUUCAUUAAAAAUAAAGGUUCCGAAUAAAUGUAACAAAUUGAUAGUUCUACAUUGUAGCAACAUAUAUUCUGUGCUAUUUUUCUUAAAAAGAUAGCUAUGGAUGAAAUACAUAUUAUUACAAGAGUCCCCAUGGUAAGUGUGGGAUACACCCCACGGUACCUGGUGGACACCUGAAGUAUACUAUUAACUGUUAGGUUUUCCUAUGUACAUAUAUGCCUGGGGUGAAGUUUAUUAGUACCACAGGAGUCUAACAGCAACUUUUUACACAGCAUUGUAACCGCAGCUUCUGUCUUUCCCCUCUUAUUGAGAACCUUCAUGUCUUCACAGAAGCACAACUUCACCUGCGCAUCAAUGUUCUUGGGCUUUGGAGCCAUUGUUGAGUGAAGAAAGUGUUCUGUGUAGUUUCUGUCCACUGAUUGGACCCAGACGAAUAAAAUUUGGAAAAGUC